AUGCUCUUCGUAAACGCCAUCUGGCUGUUCCUCGCCGCCACCUCAGCCUCAGCAUCAUCCUCCUCCUCCUCCUCCCCCUCCUUCACAUGGCACUGGCGCAACAACCCGGGCGUCAAGCCCGUCUCCCCCCUCGGCCGCACCGUCACCAUCGACGUGCCCCCGGACACCGACAUCUGGCGCCCGGCCCUCUCCAAGCACAACUUCACCGCGCCCUACCUCUACACCGCCGUCCCCGCCUCGCGCUUCCAGAGCGUCCAGGUCACCGUCACGGCGCCCUGGAAGACGCUCUACGACCAGGGCGGCCUCGUCCUCUCCUUUCCUAACAAGCACAACAGUCCCAAUCGCGAGCGCUUCAUCAAGGCCGGCAUCGAGCUCAACGACGGGGCUCCCGCGCUGGGCGUCGUCGCGACGGACAUCUUGUCCGACUGGAGCCUGAGCCCCAUCAUCACGGAGCAGCAGCCGCAGACGACGGGGGAGAACGCAAAGGCAACGAUACUGGUCGAGCGCGAUGGUACCGAUGCGUGGGUGUAUGUGCUCGAGAACCAGGGCAGCACGAGGCGCGCGCUGAGGCAGGUCAUUUGGGCGUUCAACGAGGACGACGCGCAGGGCCUGGCGAGGGAGGUCGAGGUUGGCAUCUAUGGUGCGAAGCCGACGGAGGAGUCGGGCGAGGGCCAUGCGAGGGAUGGCAUUGCCGUGACGUUUUCGGGGUUCGCGCUGGAGAUUGUCUGA